AAUAUUUGAAAUAAAAGACAACAGAUAGGGGCGGCAGCGAAGGCAGCAAGAGGCUGAGGGGCCAAUAACCUCCAACGAGGGGAUCGCUGCAAUCUGGUCCGUGUUUGCUAAUGAUAAUGCGUCUUUCCAAAGCCCUGAUAGACAUGGAGAUGGCAGAUUAUAGCGCAGCGUUAGACCCAGCUUACACCACUCUGGAAUUUGAGAACAUGCAGGUGCUGGCUAUGGGCAAUGACACGUCUCCAUCAGAAACAACCAACCUUAAUGCCUCCAACAGCAUCGGGGUGAGUGCGCUGUGUGCCAUCUGUGGGGACCGUGCCACAGGGAAGCAUUACGGUGCUUCUAGCUGCGAUGGCUGCAAAGGCUUCUUCAGGAGAAGCGUCAGGAAGAACCACAUGUACUCCUGCAGGUUUAACAGACAGUGUGUUGUAGACAAAGACAAAAGAAACCAGUGUCGAUACUGCAGGCUUAAGAAGUGCUUUCGAGCGGGAAUGAAGAAGGAAGCUGUGCAAAAUGAACGUGAUCGAAUCAGCACCCGGAGGUCUAGUUAUGAAGACAGCAGCCUGCCUUCCAUCAAUGUCCUACUGCAGGCAGAAGUCCUUGCACAACAGAUAUCAUCACCAGUUUCUGUGAUCAAUGGAGAUAUCCGAGGGAAGAAGAUCGCUAACAUCGCAGAUGUAUGCGAAUCGAUGAAGCAGCAGCUGCUGGUGCUGGUGGAGUGGGCAAAGUACAUCCCAGCAUUCUGUGAGCUGCCCCUGGAUGAUCAGGUGGCAUUGCUGCGGGCACAUGCAGGAGAACACCUACUCCUGGGAGCUGCCAAGAGGUCGAUGGUCUUCAAAGAUGUCUUGUUAUUAGGAAAUGACCAUAUCAUUCCGAGGAAUUGCCCAGAGCUGGUGGAGGUGAGCCGCGUGGCCAUCCGCAUCCUUGAUGAACUGGUUCUGCCAUUCCAGGAGCUGCAGAUCGAUGACAAUGAAUAUGCCUGCUUGAAAGCCAUCAUCUUCUUUGACCCAGACGCCAAAGGGCUGAGCGAUCCCACUAAGAUCAAGAGGAUGCGGUAUCAGGUGCAGGUCAGCUUGGAGGAUUACAUCAAUGACCGGCAGUACGACUCGCGGGGCCGCUUCGGCGAGCUGCUUCUCCUGCUUCCCACCCUGCAGAGCAUCACCUGGCAAAUGAUAGAGCAGAUCCAGUUUGUUAAGCUCUUCGGCAUGGCCAAGAUCGACAACCUGCUGCAGGAGAUGCUGCUGGGGGGUUCAACAAAUGAAGCACCUCAUCCUCAUCACCCUUUGCACCCUCAUCUGAUCCAGGAGAAUCUGGGGACAAACGUCAUAGUAGCCAACACGAUGCCUGCUCACCAGAUGCAUAAUGGGCAGAUGUCAACACCAGAAACUCCCCAGCCUUCCCCACCUGCAGGCUCAGGGUCUGAACAGUACAAGCUACUCCCUGGGGCAAUCGCGACCGUGGCAAAACAGCCGACCUCAAUCCCUCAACCCACCAUCACGAAACAAGAGGUCAUCUAGCAUCAAGCAAAAGGAAAUCAGUCUGUUUUAGAAAGACUGUGUUGGAGAGAGCCCCCGAAUGACUCUGUCACUAUGAAAAAAGGAACCAUCCAUAGAUUCCUGGGCACAAGCACACAGACUUGUUUAUUGGAACAGCAAAAAGCUGUCUUCAUGGGGCUACACAAAGCCUGUGCCAGGAGCCAGCUGAGCGUUACAUAACUGCAAGUUAAAGCCUCAGUGAAAUUCUUAUUGUUAAUAAGACGGCCCAGAUUCCAACCUCAAGCCUGCUGACGGUUGUCUCAAGAUCUGCAUUGACUGGCUAUGAGGUUGCACCUGGCCAUUUCUCUACUGCCUUGGAGUUGUUUCAAAGCAAACCCAACUACAUUAAAAAUGAGUCUCCAGAUAAACCCAUUGCGUCUGCAUGAAAGGAGAUGCCUGCUGUCUUUAAAGCUUCCCAAAAUAGUUCCAAGCCGCAGCCAAAGUUAAUGGAGCUAAAAAUUCCCUGGAAAGCACAGCCCCAGGAGAAGAGGACUGAGCUUUGCAUCAGUCACUGCUGAAAUAACCAAUGCCUUACUGCCUUGUCCACAGCUCUACUGCCUUGGGUCAGGGCUAAGGGGUCAUUAGAAGAUAUUUUCAGGGAUGGCAAAAUCCUGUGGUAUAACCCUCUGCCUUAAAUGCUGGUAAAAUGAACCCCCAUGACUAAUGAUUACACAAAGCCUGGUCCACACAGUGACUGAUGUGGGUUGGAACAUCAUUGGCCCAUUAGGAGUCACUACCAGUUUAGAUGUUUCAUUUCUUGGAGGGAUGCUGUGGUUCAUUAUCCCAGCACUGUGAUUUCCUUCCCACAAUACUGAAUGAAGGGGACAAAUGUCACCAAGUUUGCCAUUAUGUUAUGCCAGUAUUAGUGCUAAAUGGACUGGAAUGAUGGUGGGGACAUGGGGGCUCAGCAGAUAUUAGGGAGUAUCUCAAGGAAGAGGGAGAUGAGGGACAGUAUUUAUUCAUCAUCCUGAAAGCCUGCACAGAGCUCAGUGAGAUGACUGGCAAGGAGCAGUGCCAAUCCCUGGCAUUGCUAGGCCUCUAUUGCUACUUACACGGUUAGCUUAAAACAGAAACUUUUUCACAGGGGUGAAGCAGAACCUGUACUUACGGAGCAAAGAGGCAUGAAGAGAAGUGGGGAAGAGUUAGCAGAGAAGAGAGAAGGGCCCCAGCCAGGAAGACUGGAUGAGAGCUGUUUCCCCAGUGUUUGAGACCCAGGGCUUUAGUUCAAGCUUGUCUUCAAUCCUAAAUGAUUAAAUGUCCAGCAGAAUUCAUAUGCUAAGGGCCAAGGUGAUAGAUUUUUCACGACAGCCCAAAGAUACAGACCAUAGACACAUGAGGGCAGAAAUGAAAUCAUGGAACCUCACAUUUUUCAGCAAAGCCUGCACCUUCCUAUGGAAGCUCCCCCACUUUCCCUAUUCCUACAUUAUCUUUUUGCUCACCAAAGCCUGUUGGUGCUGAUACCACACUUAUUCCUCUCCCCCAUGGGAGGGAAAACGAUGCACUGGUUUUAAGGCAAAAACUGGAAAAGGACGUCAUCUUCAGAGCAUUUCCCUCUUCUGGGAGCUGGCUGCAGGACUGUGACUGACAGAGAUCUGCCAGAGCUCUGGAUUCUGGGUAGAGCUCUGCUCUGAAGCCUCCACCCUCCCGUUUGGCAGCACCAUGACUGAAGCGAAAGGGACACUUGGAAUGGAAAACUUCCAUGAGAAAAGACUGGAUAGUACAUGUACUGCAUGUGUUCCCUGGAAACUCCUGAAGAUAAGCUAGCCAUUGCUCUCUACAUCAGAACUGCAGUCAUCUGGGGAAACACUAGUGCUUGCUGACCCCCCCCCGCUGCAUCUCUCUGGAGUCCUAGCCUUGCAAGAACACGAAGAAGUGGUGGAGUCACAACUGCCAAAGACUCUUGGGACUGAUCCCCAGCUGGUGUCCAUCAGAACGAUCCCAAUUAAGUCCAGCUGCAGACCUGGUCCCUUGACUGCCAAUGCAAAAAGAAGCAGCUCACCCCUGCAGUGCGGGUGUCAAAGUAUUGUGUUGUACAUCCAGCCUGGUGUCAUUCCGCUGAGUAAUUUAUUGCAAUGACGAAGCCAAUCAUUUUCUAUAAAUUAUUCUGUAAAUCAUGUUGAUUAUUUAUAAUCAGGAAAUUAACUGUGAACAACUUAAUAACGAGACUGUCUUUUCCAAUUGCAACCACUUUUUCUGUCAGUAGAGGUAGUUGGUGGGGAAGAUUUUUUUGGCGUCUGUUUCGUUUGUGCCAGACAUCCCCAGUAUGGUACAUUAAUUUUUGCUGGUUACUGCCUUCCAAUGGAAACAGAGAACUAUUUCUUCACUGGAGUUUGUAUUAAUAAAAAAACCCAGAAAUAAAUGCAAAAAUAUUUUCUAACUUU